GCUUUCGACUCUCAGCGCUCUUCUCGUCCAAUGGCCACGCGCCAAAUUUCAUCUCCUGCGAUUCCCCGCCCCGGCUCCCGCCGCCUCCAUGCCUCGCCGGCCGCGGCCCUUCGCCGGAAUUCCAUUCCAACUACGAUAAGGAGUUUCUCCCGGUGGUCCCUCUGUAUGAACGGCUCGAAGGCGGCAGGGUCCGGCAGGGAUUGCAGAAUUCCGGUAGACAUACGGCAGACUCGCACCUUUCGGGCGGUGCGCACUCCAGCAGAGGCCCUGGAGCAGCUGAGAGCGGUGGUUCUGGAGCUGAGCUCCAAUCCUCCGUCCUCCCCUUCCGGCGUCAUCCGGCUCGAGGUGCCUAUUCAACAACAGGUAGAUGCCGUUAGCUGGUUGCAUUCACAACCUGUGGUUCCUUGUUUUUACUUCUCCGGUAGGAGUUCAAGGGAUAAAAUUAAUGCUUUUGAUGUAUACAAUGGAGUUAAUGGUGAAUAUAAGAACGUUGGAGAAAAGAGUAUUAUUAGUGUUGCUGGGGUAGGUUCCGCGGUUUACUUUCAACAGCCAACUCCUUUUUCAUUGGAAGAUUGGUGGUGCAUACGGAGGUUCCUUUACAAGGAGUGCCCCUUAGUUCGUGCCUAUGGAGCUAUGCGGUUUGAUCCAUCCACGAAUGUGUCUUUUGAGUGGCAAUCCUUUGGUUCAUUCUACUUCAUCAUUCCACAGCAGGUCGAGAUCAAUGAACUCAAAGGCAGUUCUAUCUUGGCAACCACAAUCGCAUGGGAUGAGUCCCUUCUUUGGUCUUGGGAGAAGGCCAUGGGCUCCAUUCAAGCAACCUUGUCCCAGAUCUCAUCUUCCAUUUCAGAAUUCGGUAAAGAAGAGCCGGCUGUUGUCCUAGGCGUAAAUCACAUGCCGGAUAAGGCUUCCUGGGAAGUGGCUGUUAGAAAUGCACUGAAAGCAAUAAACAGUACAGGCUUCAAUUCCAAGCUUCAUAAGGUUGUCCUUGCAAGGAGUAGCAGGGUUCAUACUAAUGCUUCUAUUGACCCUUUGCAUUUGUUAGCUAGCCUGCAGAAAGAAGGUCGACAUUUCUAUCAGUUCUGCAUCCGGCCACCUCAAUCACCAGCAUUUAUUGGAAACACGCCUGAACAAUUGUUUCACAGACUUCAUCUUAGUGUUUCAAGUGAGGCUGUUGCUGGAACACGGCCAAGGGGCAAAUUUCUGGAAGAGGACAUUCAAAUUGAACAUGAUUUUCUUCUCAGUCCAAAAGAUCAUCUCGAGUUUGAGAUAGUCAGAGAGACCAUAAGAAGAAAGCUAGAGAUGAUAUGCGACCAAGUCAUAGUUGAACCAGAAAAAAUGAUCUUGAAACUACCGAGGGUGCAGCAUCUAUGUGCCCGUAUCCUGGGUAAACUAAGAAGUGAAGAAGAUGAAUUUGAUGUCCUCUCUCACCUUCAUCCUACUCCAGCUGUAUGUGGAUUUCCUACAGAUGAGGCACGGCAAUUUAUAGAAGAAACUGAAAUAUUUGACCGGGGAAUGUAUGCUGGGCCAGUUGGGUGGUUUGGAGGAAGAGAAACUGAGUUUGCUGUUGGAAUUAGGUCUGGCUUAGUGGACAAGGGUCUGGGAGCAUUAAUUUAUGCAGGUGCUGGAAUAGUUAAAGGGACAGUUCCAUCUAUGGAGUGGGAGGAACUUGAACUGAAGGCAUCACAGCUUUUGAAGUUUCUUGGGGUGAACACCUUGACCACUAGCUACCAAAAAAUGGACAUUGGCAUUAGAAGAGCAUAAGUGAAUUUGUAUGCUUGGGUGUCUUCUAGUACUUUGAUGGUCUUUCAUUGUAUGGACAAUUUAGAGUUUCGGCGUGCAACUCAAAAAUCAGGGAUAUGCUCAGAAAGCUUUCCUGAUUGUCUUCAUUCACAUGUGUAAAUUAGUGUGAUAAGCAUUUUGGCCAUUCCAUUUAUUACUGGUUUGCGAUUGCAUGCCAGGAACACCAAGUCUGUAGGUCUGCUUUAUGUAUAUGCAAAAAAAGGGCACAUUGUAAGUUACAUUCCUAUAUGCUUGGUGGUUGUAUGAUCAUAUGUCCUUGUCUAUUUUGUCCUUUAGGUGUAAACUUUUCUCCA